AUGAGCGCCGAACAGCGGCAAGCUACCGGCUCUAGCAGCAAGUCCAAACGACGAUGGCCCGAGCCAGAAGAUGACGGGAAGGCGACAGGGGAACCGAAACGUCAGCGUGUUUCACGGGCUUGCGAUAGCUGCCGGUCGAAAAAGGACAAAUGCGACGGAAAACAGCCAGUUUGCUCGACUUGCGCAUCGCUCUGCCGACCGUGUACUUAUAAAGCCAACCCAAAGAAGCGAGGCCUGCCCACUGGCUACAUUCGCUCGCUGGAGUUACUUUGGGGGCUGGUAUUCCAAAGGAUCCAAGGCAGUGAAGAUGUCAUGCGAGCUUUGAUGCGAUCAAUCAAUCUUCCAAGUCACUUGGCCACGAUGGGCAAGGAAACGGAGGGGUCCGAUGCAUUGCUAGCUUCCUUCAAAAACAGCACAGUACUCAGAGAUAUUGAGCGCAUUCUUAUAGCACUAGAACAGCCGGAGGAGGAAAGAGAGCGAAAUAUCCAGGGAUGUGGCGAUGGAGAGACACCUCUCGAUGUCGACGGAAUUCUUUCGUCCGCCGAAGCACAGGAAUGGCAGAUCCCAGAAGGCAUGGAAGCUCGCGAGACGCCAUUACCAGGGAUAUCGCCGACUCGAACCGCAGGAGGCAUCGCUCCUACGAAAGUCACCGGACCACGCCCGACUACAGACUGUGGUAUUCAGACAAGUGCACCAGAUUACCGACCCUCGUCCUCUUUCAUCUCCUCGCCGAAUCCUCAUUACCCUCGAUCGCUCUCCAUGAAAACCCCUCUUCAACUCCCCUAUAACGCAUGGCCACUUUUUGAUGUAUAUUUCUCCUACACGCAGUGUUGGUUCCCCAUACUCGAAAAGCAUGACAUACUUCGUACCGCUUUUCAAUAUACCGAAGGCGAUGUAUACGCAUCGUGUUUAACCCCCGGGUCUGGGGAACACGCGGCCUUAUGGGCUGUUCUCGCUCUCGCCUCGCUCCAGGAUGCUUCUAUCUCAGCUUCCGGUGAAGCUGAAGAGCACCCUACUGAUCAUAUGACUCCAUCACGAAUGUAUAAGACUGCCCGGCAAUUGAUUCCGCCUGAAAGUGGCCCUCACGAAAUCGGACAUGUGCAAGCACUGUUGAUCCUGGGUCUGGUCAAGUUUGGACAGCAAGAAUGGACUGGGUCAUGGAUGCUUGUCGGUCAGGCUGUUCGGAUUGCGCAUAUACUAGGUCUUGAUCAACCUUCGUUUUCUCCAUCAUCGAGGACUCCGGAUCAAGAAAAACAGCUUGGUCGAGCAAAACAUGUGUUUUUGGGUUGCUUUGUUCUCGAGACUCUCAUUGCGGAAUCAAUUUCACAAAGCCCAUCGCUGCGAAAGGCAGACCUAGCCAGGGUAGGCGCUAUCAAUGAAGAUGGUCUUGAGGAAUGGCAUCCUUGGGAGGAUCAAACUGGGUUACGGCCCACCCAAUCAUCACGGGCAUCUAUGCAGCGUGGUCCCCUUCACGCGUUGAGUACUUUCAACCGCCUCGUCGGCCUCGUAUCCAUUUUGAAUGAUCUAUGCUGUUGCAAGCACGACCCAACGAUAUCUCGAUCACAGCUGGAGCAACUGGAGUUGCAAUUACAGCGAUGGGUAACAGAAUUACCAAAGAGUUAUCGUGUCGAUCUACAAAGUCGCCCUGUGAGACUGGCUUCUCCACAUAUUUUUGGGUUAGAGAUGACAUAUGAAAGUGUUGUCAUUGCUCUCAGCUCUCAAAUUGCCAUUCGUGAAUAUGAUCAGAACAUACCCGAACCCCCUCACAAAAUUCGUGCUACGGAAAGCUCGAAAAAACUUUUGCAAUUGCUUCAGGCAUAUGUGGAGACAUAUAGCUUUUCAGCCACAGCACCAACCUUUGGUUUGAUGCUUCGAUUUGGCCUUCCACGGUCCAUCUCUAGGGAUCUCCCAUCAGUUCUUGACAUGGGGUUACGAACCAACAUAUACAAUCUCUCUUCGCAGCUUUCUGUAUUGUGGACUAUGCCAGACCAGCAAACCGCUAGUCAAGGUAUAUCACAAAGAUCUCAACACCUAGGUACUUCUCCUGCGGUCUCACAGCAUAUUGGUGCCUCUACCGGCGGAGAUUUAGAAAUCCCGUUAUCGCUCUCAAUGGCCACACCUUCACAUCAUCUUCGUGCAACACAUGCGUCUCAAAAUAAUGCUCAUGCCGCGGCUGCCCCUGAGAACCCAUUCCUCCCCACGCCUUGGCUCAGAGCCACACAACACAUCGAAGAUGUAUCUCUCCUCCGCACACCGUCCUCUCUAACCUCCGUCGGGGGCGCCUCUGAACUUCCCCCACAACAGAGCCACUUGGAUGAUUCUCUUAACAUUGGGCUUUCUCAUCCUACAUCAGCGCCUAGCCAAUCCCACAGUACCGGGAUGCUCGCCGAGAUUUCGCCAUCGUAUCACCAGACCGCACACUACCACCCAACGGCAUAUCACGACUCAUCCGUCAAUAUGAGCACAUUUGUUGAUAUGGAUGGCUAUGCGCGUCCACGGAGGCAGCGGAUUGCUCCUGAUCUCGAUGCAUUAUUUGACGAGCUGGCGUCAUUAGAUGGUGCAGAAAAAGCCGACAAUCAACCAGAGUUCAUGCAGAACCUAGGUUUUGUUUCUAAUGCGGGCAUUCCUGAGCUCUACUCGUUCUCCAGUCAGAUCGAGCCUUUCUUACUGGCAGAGACCCAGCAGCUACCCAACAAUGGCAAUACCUCUAGUAUACGACAAGAAGCGCAGCUUCUUAAUAUGUCGGGAACCCCCAAGCGAUGA